UGCCAUUUGUUUAUGUGAUGGUGGUGGUUGGUGGUAAAAUAAUAAUCAAAACGACUUAGAAGUUCGACCUCCUCCUUAUAUAUUAUACUAUACUGCUAUUUGUUUGCGAAUUUGGUGUUGAAUUUUUUCUGUUUCUAUGAGACAUUCAUUUACAAUCAUCAUUGAUAAUUGAUAAUUCACGGGCAAAAUAUAUAUGUGUUUGCUAUAAUAAUCUGAUAAAAUACUGCCCUAUUUUGAGUUUGAUUUGUUUUUGUUUAUUACACGCACACACGCUGAUAAUAAUUGAAUUAAAUCGAAAAAAUGGUCAUACAAGUGAAUAAUAUUCUUCGACAAUUGUCAGUGUCAAGAUUAACAUCAAUCAAAACAAAUUCAUAUAUUAAUCAUCAGAUUAUACGUAAUGAUUAUACAUCCACACGUAAUGCAUUGAAAAUUGGUUCACAUACAAAAGUUAUAUGUCAAGGUUUUACCGGUAAACAAGGCACAUUUCAUUCAAAACAAGCUAUUGAAUAUGGAACUAAAAUGGUUGGUGGUGUAUCGCCAAGUAAAGCUGGUCAAAUUCAUCUAGAUUUACCCGUAUUCAAAACGGUUAAAGAAGCACGUGAUAAAACAGGUGCCGAUGCAACAGUCAUCUAUGUUCCUGCACCUGGAGCUGCAUCCGCUAUAAUGGAAGCAUUAGAUGCUGAAAUACCUUUAAUCGUAUGCAUUACCGAAGGCAUUCCUCAAUUGGAUAUGGUUAAAGUUAAACAUCGUUUAGUUAGACAAGAUAAAUCUCGUUUAAUUGGUCCAAAUUGUCCGGGUAUUAUUAAACCGGGUGAAUGUAAAAUCGGUAUAAUGCCUGGUCAUAUUCAUACACCGGGGAAGAUUGGUAUUGUAUCAAGAUCUGGUACAUUAACCUAUGAGGCUGUACAUCAAACAACCGAAGUUGGUCUUGGUCAAUCACUUUGUGUUGGUAUCGGUGGUGAUCCAUUCAAUGGGACAGAUUUUAUUGAUUGUCUGGAAAUUUUCUUAAACGAUCCAGAAACCAAAGGAAUCAUUUUGAUCGGUGAAAUUGGUGGUAACGCUGAAGAAUUAGCAGCAGAAUAUCUGAAAAAUAAUAAUUCCGGACCUAAUGGUAAACCCGUUGUAUCAUUUAUUGCCGGUUUAACAGCACCGCCUGGACGACGUAUGGGUCAUGCUGGAGCAAUUAUCGCCGGUGGUAAAGGUGGUGCACAGGAUAAGAUUGAUGCAUUAGAAAGUGCCGGUGUACGUGUGACAAGAUCACCGGCACAGAUGGGUUCAUCAUUAUUGGAAGAGAUGAAAAAACGUGGAUUAGCUUAGAAUCAGAAUUUUACCUGAAAACUAAUGAUUACACUGGAAACAAUUUAAAAAACAAAUUUGUGAAUUCGCCAUCAAACUUUUUGUGUGAAACCCACACAGUUUCACGAAUCUUUUUUUCGCUUGUUAUCACUUGAAAUUAUUUGAUUGAUUAAUAAACAUGAUUUUAUCAGAAUCAAAA